CUCUCACUGAUGUGCCUAAAUGAGUUAGCAAGUUUCGACUUUCGGAAUGAUCAGCAAGCUGGACAGUGUUCUCAUGACCCAGAGGAAAUUCAUCUUCCAUUAUAAGAAUGUGCGCUGGGCCCGAGGGAGACACGAGACGUACCUUUGUUUUGUAGUAAAGAGACGCACCGGCCCAGACUCCCUCUCCUUUGACUUCGGACACCUGCGGAAUCGCACCGGCUGCCAUGUAGAACUACUCUUUCUGCGUCACUUGGGUGCAUUGUGUCCGGGCCUGUGUGGUUCCAGUGUGGACGGUGCGAGAAUAUGUUACUCAGUGACCUGGUUCUGCUCCUGGUCGCCCUGCUCUAAAUGCGCUCAACAACUUGCCCACUUCCUGUCGCAGACGCCUAACCUGCGUCUGAGAAUCUUUGUGUCACGCCUUUACUUCUGUGAUGAAGAGGACAGCCUGGAGAGGGAAGGACUGCGACACUUGAAGAGGGCAGGAGUGCAGAUCUCUGUGAUGACGUAUAAAGACUAUUUCUACUGCUGGCAAACAUUUGUUGCACGGAGAGAGAGGAGAUUUAAAGCCUGGGAUGACCUUCAGCAAAACUCUGUCCGACUCGUUCGAAAACUCAAUCAGAUCCUGCAGCCCUGCGAGACUGAGGAUCUGAGGGAUGUUUUUACUCUACUCGGGCUAUGAUCACAAAUAUGAGAUUCACAAAUCAAUGAACACUGAGAUAUGAACCGACUGGGAUGAAGAGAAAUGGAGCUGUAUUACCUGAGACUUGAAUCCUUUGACUUGAAUUUGACCUGAUCUUGUACUGUAUAGCAUUAAUGUGGUUAUUUUG